UUUGACGUGCGCAUGCGCGGUGAGGAGCUGGACCCUGAGUGACUUCCUCUUUGCUGUUUAGAAACGAGUAAACUAGAAACAACAAAACACACGUUGAAGACCGUGAGAUGAACGACAUUCUUAGUUAAUUUAAGAACAAUAUUGCAUAAAUUCCGCACCAUGGACCUGUUAUUAGAGUCCCAGUAGGUUCGGUCGACGGAGGGAGUCCCAACCAUGUUCAGCACGGGCAUCCUCGUGCUGACGUCUCCUCUUCACAUCCUCCCUCUACGGAUUGCUCCGGUACUCAGCUCUGCUGCCCAGCUCGUAGACCGCACCCUGUAUGUCCACCUCCACCCCGGGUUGAACCUGGGAGGUGGGAGCCCGCCUCGGCCAGUUUUCCUCCCACCGGUGGUGGAUCUGUCCACGUUCAUUACUCGUCUGUACAGCAACGCGGCAGACGUGUGCGGCCAUUUAGAUGUCCGUUUUUUGCUGACCAAUAUCCACGCUCACCCGGCCAGUAGCCAGACUCCGAGCUCUCCCUUCCCCAGCCCACAGCCUCUGUCUCACUCCCCAGAGGUUGUGCUCACGGAUUUUGCGGUGCAGGACCCGCACCAGACCCGCCAGGUCACACAGCGUCUGGAGAAGUACACCGGCUGCUGCUACGUCUGUCGGCCCGGCCUGUCAUCGGUGCUUCUUCACCCGCAGCUGCAAGAAAAUGAAGACAGGCUGAAAAAUCAGGGAGAGAAAUCAGAAUGUUUGGAGACCUACAGCGAUGUGGUGGUGGGGGGGACGUUCGACCGCCUCCACGGAGCCCACAAGUCACUACUUAAUGUUUCAAGCGUGCUGGCAAAUAAACGGUUUGUCAUCGGUGUGUGCAACCAGGCAAUGCUUAAAAAAAAAGUGUUAAAAGAGCUGAUCGAGCCUUACUCGUUGCGAGUCCAGAAGCUGAAAGAGUUUCUACAAGACAGCAAACCCUCACUCCAGGUGGAGAUCGUGCCUCUGGACGAUCCUUUCGGAGUGUCCAUAGUAGACCCCAUGCUGAAGUGCAUUGUGGUCAGUGAGGAGACGAAGAAGGGAGGCGAAGCUGUUAACAAGAAACGCAUCGAGAAUGGUCUUCAGCCUCUUGUUCUUCAUGAGAUCCAGUUACUCAAAGAUGUCCACCACACUGACAUCGAGGAGGAGAAGAUCAGCUCCUCCAGUCUACGCUUUCGUCUGCUGGGGACUCUUCUCGCUCCUCCAAAGGACACCUCCCAUCUCCCCACUCUUCCAUACGUGAUUGGGCUGACGGGGGGCAGCGGCAGUGGAAAGACCUCCAUUGCCAAACAGCUGGAAGCUCUGGGCGCAGUUCGCAUCGACUGCGAUAAACUAGGUCACGAAGUGUACCAGACGGGAACAGCAGCCUAUCACAAAGUACUGGAAGUCUUUGGGUCAGAAAUUCUAAGUGAGGAUCAAAGUAUAAACAGGCGAGCGCUGGGGAGGAAAGUCUUUGGAAACCAGGAGCAGUUGAAAGCAUUGACAGACAUUGUGUGGCCUGAAAUCGCCGUGUUAGCACAAAACAAAAUAAACCAAGCCAGAGAAGAAGGUAAACGUGUUUGUGUGGUGGACGCAGCUGUUCUCCUCGAGGCUGGUUGGACAGACUGGAUCCAUGAGGUCUGGCUCACCAUCAUCCCGGAGGAAGAGGCAGUUUCUAGGAUAACGGAGCGGGAUGGCGUGACCACAGAAGACGCCCAGCACAGGCUGCAGAGUCAGUGGUCCAACAGCAAGCAAGUGGAGCACGCCAAUGUUGUCCUCAGUUCUCUGUGGGAGCCGGAGAUCACUCAGAAACAGGUACUGAAAGCCUGGAACCUUCUGCAGCAGAGAAUCCAACAGAAGCUGGGAGGAUUGUAAAGUGAUGCUGGAGGGUCGCAUCACAAGUGUCAGGCGCAGGGACGUGUGCAAAAAUGACGGAACCACAUAAGGAUGUGCGGCCUUUGAGAGCAUGUUAGGAUCGCCGGUAUUCCAGUGCUGCACAGCCAUCCAGCUGUCUCCCCUCCAGUCAGUGCCUGUGCCAGGUGCCUGUUUUUAAAAAAUCUGAUUUUAGCCUAGUUUAAAGACUGAAAACAGACCGACUAACCAAAUAGUCUCUAUCUUCAAUUUGAAAGUCAUCGUUAAAAUUUAUAUAAAAAAAGAAACUGUUUUUAAGAAUCUCAUGAAUUCUAAAACAGUCAUUUUAAAGAUGGGUUUUGUUCGACAGUUCUGGUUAUUUAGAAAUAAACCACAAUAUUUUAAUUUUAAUCAUUUAUAUCCGCAAUUCUUUUGGAGCAUGAAAAAAAUCUAAAGAAGAGAAAACUAUGGAGCCAAAACAUGUAAACUAAGAAGUAUUUUGCUUCAAAAAAUACAUUUGAUUAAAAAACAAAAAAAAAAAAAAGACAUAGGAACAUUAUUUUAGUUUAAAAAAAAA